AUCGCCGCUACCCGGCCAUAGAGGUGGGGUCCUCCAGAGAGCAGAGUGGAAGGGGAGCGUUGCGGAGGAACCAUCGAGAGACCGCUCACCGGCGAGAGUGGCGCAGGAACUGGCAUUCGCGUGCCUGUCUCUAGGCAACAGCCGUCAACACGGCGCCCGGGGCGGCGGCAGGCGCGGGGCGGCGGGCAGAGCUCCGCGCUGCCCCGGGGCGAGCGUGGAGCGCAGGAGGAGGAGGUGUCGGGUCUCUUGGGCGAUGGGAGACCGAUGAGCGAAACGGGAGGCGACGCAGCUUGCCGAGGAGGCCGGGCGGAGCGCCGGCCACAGCCUCGCAGGCACUGAAUGGCUUUGUUUCCACCAGUGGACUCUGUGGUGGCAGCUACUAAGGUUGUUCCCAGUUCCCAGCUGGAACACCAGAAGAACAACCUUCAGCAUGAACUCAUACCUGACAAAGAGGAAAGUUUAAAGGAUCUGUAUGCCCGAAAGAGCCGAAGCUAUUCAUAUUCUCUUUCUACAGAAAGCAGUCAACACGGCUGCAGGCACGGAAGCUUGGUUUCAGCUGGACCGCAGAACAAGUGUCUCACCAGCCAGACCAAAACUCUGCCAGCUAAAUCAGUAGCCAGACGGAAAGAAGGAGUGGACCGUGCAUAUCCCCUGAAACCAAUUUUUCACCACAAGGGUGUGAGUGUUCCAGUGGUCAACACAGCACAGCUCAGAAGUUCUCCGUACAUGGAGGAAGCUCCAAAUAGUAGGCCUGGCUCAAUGAGCAAAGGGAAGCCUCCAGCAGGGAGGUCUCAGCUAGCUGCAGUGCUCUCUCCUUGGACAGCAGAGCCUAAACAGUCAGCCUCCCAUCUAUACAGGAGAGAGCUGGCCUACAUCCUAAAGUUGGAGGCAGAUGGACGGAACCUGGAAGAGGAAAUUCGAAAGAAAGAGGCCCUCCUCAGAGAGAAGCUGAGGAGAACAAAGGAGGAGCUUAGGAGGAUUCAAAGAGAGAAGGAGCUUGUUGAGGCAGAGGAGAGAAGAGGCAGAGAAGCAGAGAGGACCCAUGAGCGAAAGGCCGGAAGGCAGCCUGAAGAGAAAACUUUCAGGGUUGCAGCCAGGCCAGGUGAUGGGGUCUUCAGUGGGGUGCAGUCUGCAGAGACCACUAUCCCCAAACCUGGCACCACCCUCCAUCCCCAAGAUCUGGCUAUGGGAAAGCUCAAGAAGGAGCGGCUGGUGGCCAGCAACAGCAAAAUCCGAGACAGCAUACCCAUGGAGCGUUCAGCUGCUUGUUCAAAGCUGACCCCAAAACACAGCCCUUCUCCCUCUGCGCUCUCAGAUCAAGAUUCUGGUGAGCACCUGUCUACAGAGGUGCUGUACAUACAGGCUAAUAGUGCUGUGGAGCAGGGGGGGCUCGGACAGUGCAGCUUCUGUGGACGUAAGUUUCUCUGCACCAGGCUCGAGAAGCACAUGAGUAUCUGCGGCAGGAGUCAAGGCUCCAAGAGGAAGGUGUUUGACUCCAGCAAGGCCAGAGCUAGGGGCACAGAACUGGAACAGUAUCAGCAGUGGAAGAGCUCAGAGAGGCCUCAGAAUAAGUCACCCAGAAGGAACAACUGGCGACAGAAGCACGAGGUUUUCAUCCAGACCCUGCGCCAGGCCCGCCAGGUGCAGCAAGUCCUCUCCAAGGGAGGGAAAGUGUCUGACCUGCCCCCUUUACCUCCCAUUGAAAACCCAGAAUACGUUGCCUGCCCCUACUGCAGACGCCGAUUUGCUCCUCAAGCAGCUGAGAGACACGUUCCUAAAUGCAAAACCAUCAAGAAUAGGCCCUCACCCCCACCACAGAGGAGGCGCUGCUGAAGCGGUGUCCGACUGUACCUGCCGCUGCAAUUCCCUGCCUGUUUUCUGCUGGGUUUCCAGCCACAGACACUUGCGCUUUCCCUAGUCUCAACACUGGCUGUGAGCAUUGAGCUUGUACGUACAGCGAGUGAACAGCUUACGACGUAUAAGCAGAAUAGUAGAACUUGUGUACUUUGACCUGUGCCCCUCUGGGGGCCGCUUCUCCCAUCCAGUGAGCUAAACAUGGAAUCUCAGCGUAGAUGUAAGGCUGUCACUGCCAGCUAAACAGGGAAGAAAGGCUGUUGCUACAGACUGUCAGCGGGACAGCAGUGAGGAGCUAGCCAGCCAUCAGAAAGGGGCUGUUCUUCAGAAUCCUAUUUUACCUGUAGGUUAGGGAGACUUGGGCGCUUUUUUUUUUUUCCUCUUUUUUUAAUUAGUGGUGUCUGAUGUGAAGAGAGCUGCUCUCCUUUAGCUCAUGAGUGGCUGCAGACUCUGGUUUUUUUCCUUCUCCAAAAGCAGAGAGUAGUGCUCUUCAGAAGAACAGCUGGGCCAUACAGAGCAUCUGCCUUUUGUUUGCUCAACUGCUCUGUAGGUGCAGAUGUUCACCCCAAACAUGCUUACAGUGACAGCGGUUCUUGGCUGGUGUAGCAUUUUUAUUGUAACUACCUACAAGAGAUUAGGAUGUGAGGGGUUCCCCCUUUUUUUUUUUUGCCACAGAAAGGACUGUACAUUCUUCAAAACUAUUUAGCAUUUAGACAAGGCACUUGAAAAAGUCAGACAGAGGGAGGGGAAGAAGCUAUGUAAGCAGUUAACUUUUUGUGCAGCACCACACAGACCGCUGUGUUCUUCUGUCCUUGGUAUUUGUGUUAGAUGACAGGAUCCAGAGCUGUUUCUUGGUCAUUGCUCUUGCUCUGUCCUAUUUGUUGUAGCACUGUUCAGAUGAAUAAUGCAUGUAGGUUUAUUCCAUGCUUGUUCUGCAGCUGCCCAAGACUUUAUUUGGAUGCUUUUCUAGAAUGCUGAUAACAAUCCUGGGGCUACACCUUACCAGCCAAAGAUUUGUAACAUUACCAUUUAGAAAUCCAGCGUGACAUUGUUUGAAUUAAAAAAGGAGAACCGGAAGGAGUAUUAUUAAAUGCUUCCUCAGCACAAGAAGCUCAGGAUCAGAAAUUCAGAGGGUUAGAAAAGCUAGCAGUAGCAGGCACUUACUGUUUUGAGUCCAUAUGUCAGUUCGUGUGCAUAGAACAACAGAGAUACUCCAAACCAGCCAGGCCCUUGACGCAACAGAACAACCAUCCCAAUGUGUCACUUACCACGUACAAUAGCUGGGACUCAGAGUCGGGAAGGGGUGGAAGAAGAAAUAUUUAAUACCACACAAGAUCUAAUGAAUAAGCUCAGACUGGAAAUUAGAUUUCUAAACCAGGAGAAGAGUGAGGUCAUGGAAAACCUUUCCAAAUAGAUUAGCACAGACAAGGAACCCACAUUGUUUCAAGAUGGACUUGGAGAAGAUAAUGGAAGGGAGCAUACAGCAGGAGUUAUAAGUUAAGAAUCGCGAUACAGAGCAUUUGUUCCUAUCUCCAGGCUUCUUGUAUAAAGUGCGAAGAACACAUCAGCGACAGUUCUGUGCCUCAGUGUAUCACUUUCAGGAGCUGGGAAGGAAUUCCCUUCCCACAGCAACCUUCCCUCGAUUCCUAACUUGGCUUCUGAUGGGUUUUUAUUAUUAUUUUUUAAUUUCCAUCCAAAAUCUUUAAGAACAACUACAGCUAAAAAGAAAGCCAAAUGCCCUCCACCCCCACAGUAUGCUAAAUAACUUCACAUCUGAAAACCUGCUAGCUGUUUCACUCAUAUGUUCAGGGUUAAAUCAACAAUUAGAUUUACUGUAAAAAAUCUGGAGUUUUCCUGCAAGCCAAGUUGCUAAAACUUGCACCCUUCCUUAAGUCAUCUGCUUAUUUUCAUCUUGGUUGCAAUGGUAGGGAAUUAUGACAAAAAUAUUCCACUUCUUUUGCUUUCUUCUCGAGAUGUAAGGUAGUUCUCAGUGAUAUUGGCCUCAUGCUGAAUAUCUUUGUUUGUCACAAACUGUUAAAGGGUCUUUUGGGGGAAAUAGAUGUCCUAUAAACCCUUUGAGAGAAUCAUCCGCUUAUAAUUGGUGACAGUUCCUGUACAUUUUUAAGUCAAUUAUUUUUCCAGAUUCUGAUUUUUAAUAUAUUAGACUAGUUCUGUUCUGUAAAAGUUGUUUUAAAUGGUCACAGAGGGGUUUAUGUUCUCAAAGUAAGAAUGACUACUUUGUAUGAGAAAGUUGCAACAGGAAGCAAACAAGGGAACAAAAAAAUUCCAGCAGCUCCUUUUGCAAGUCCUUCAGUAACACAGCAGCAGCUCAUAGGAACCUAGAAAAAGGAUAAAAAGCGACUAGAUUAAACCGGAUUAUGAAGAAACACUCCAGCCUUCAGUGGGUGGGAUGUGACUCCUGAAAGCAGUUCGAGAGCUUCUGCCCCUAUAGAUACCCAAUCCCUUGGGCAUACCCUAGAAAAGCCUGAACGUCCCAGAAUGGGUCAGUGCUGCACUGUGCCAGCCAGGUAUAGGAGUGUACAAACCUAGAGAGGAGAGAAAAACCAGGCUCAAAACAAGGGAAAAUAAUUAGCUAUAUCCAAAUUGAUCAGAGAAGCAAGACCAAUGCUCUAACUUCAAAGCUUUGAAAAUACAGGAUAGCAAAAGGUGACAAGAAGUAAGAAAGGGGUAAGCUGGAAGCUUUAUGCCAGCCUCCUUGAAUUAAUGAAAGGUGUAACUGAAUUAAACAAGGAGUAGUUCAGAACCACUGCCUGUCUUGUAGUAUUAACUCCCUUUCCCUUGCACCAUGUUUUAUUGACUGUGUUUAGUGGACCCUAAAAGUCAGCAGAGUGCAAAUUGUAACUGGGGUAGAUACACACAGAAAAGCUUUUGAUACUGUAAAAUAAAUCCAUCUGUUGGGGACUUCUCUUAAGUUACAGGCAAACAGCUAACGCUGAGAUCGAAACUGUAGAUUAAAGAAAAAAGUUAUUGAAAUUAAGUCACCAGGCUUCAUUUGUUAUCUUUGUUUCGGGGCUAACCACAGGCCAUUCACCCCUCUCUGCUGAGCUAUCGUUUCAGGACAGGACAGACAGCAGUAUCCAGAGUCUCUGAUAACUGGUUUAAAACUUAGUCAUAGUUUAGCCAAAGCAUCAGGCUCAGCACAGAUUGACCCUGCUGCUUUGCUAUCGUGGUUAGUGCGGCCCUGGCACUACUCGGGCUGUGUUAUUCACGCCAGCUCAGCUUCCUCUGCUGCUACUGCAGUACAAUCCCCCUCUCUGAGACAUGCUGUAUUUUCAGUAUCCAAAUCUCUGGUGAAUUUUAAGUCUUUAACCCAGCUCUGCCUCUCAAGACAUUUCACAAUUUACUAAAAGCCCUGAUAAAAAGUUAGAAGUGAUGGGCGUUAAGUACAGUGUGCAGGAACAGUUGGCUGAGCAGGUGUCAGGCAGGUUCUUGCUUCUGGAGGCCUUAAUGCUCAGUAGAAGCUGUUCUGAGAGAAACAGGUACUUCUUCCCUUUGAGCCUCUCUCUUCCUGUUACUCAUUUCCCACUUGGCACUCAACUGUUGAAAUAAACACACACACAAAAGCCCCCUGACGUCACUAGGAGGAGAUGCAGCAGCAAGAGAAAAGAGUUGUUUGUUGUUUGGUUGUUGUUGUUUUUUAAAUAAAGGGACACAGAACCUGACAUUUUUUUCCCCACAGCAAA